AUGCAAAGCCAGACACGCCUUCAUAUUAAAAAAAAAAGAUCAAGUUUGGGUUCACAUCACCGAAGGCGGCGAGCUUCACAGCGCAACCUCAUCGGAUCAAACGCUAGCGGGGCAACGCAUGAAAGGGCUAUACCCAGCUUGCAGUGCAGCAAGCCGCGCUUAGAGCACAGCGGUGGCGAAAAAAUAUUUGCUAAUGCGACCCGUGGUGAUUCUGUUCCGUCGUUCUUGGAUCCUGAUAUGAUUGAGAGGCAGAUGGAUGUCGAAAAGGGGUUUCCUACAGCAAUGGCGCACCUCAAAUCCAUGUCUGCAUCUCCCUACGUCGAGCAGAGGAAGGAGGAUCGAAAAUGGCGCGGUGUGACACAUGUGUAUAAUGCGGAUGGUUACCCUUUCCCACGUAGAGAGGCAGAGGAGUCUUCCUUUUUUGAUCAGGAAAGUCUGGAUAUUCGGGGCGGCAUGCGUGAUGCUACGAUGCGAACCGACGGUGCACACCCUACAGCGACGUCUAUGCCUUUGUCGUUACCCCCAAGCAUCGAGGAGGUGCUUUCACCUGAUGUCUUGCAACUUUCCGGUGGCCAACCCCGUCAGGACGGCUUGGGACUAUCGGAGCGAAGUAAUCUUGCCCCUGCUGACCAGACUGUGGAGGGUGACGAGACUGAAAACGACUUUGGCGACACUCCCGUGCAAAUCACAGACAUGCUGCGCGAGCGACUCAUUGAGCUAAAAGCUGAAAAACUUCAUGAGGACCGUGAAGAAACCUUCCUGCCACGACGGCUACGCCUGGAGUCGGACGCCGAGCUUCGACUAAGGCAGCAACGAGGUGAGGGACAGGAGGAGCUUCGGCUGCCCCUUAAGACUUCAAAAGGAAAUCACUUUUCUGUUUCAUCAUCGCUGACAUUCUCAGAAAAACAAGUUAUGACCCUUUCGGAUUUAGAAGAAGCGGAAAAGGCAAAGGAUACAAGAAUACCGAUUAGUGGGACGGCACUAACGGUUUCCAGUUCUCUCCGUGAUGACUCGGACACUGAGCAGCAGCAACAGGCGGCAUUCUUUUUGCGACACACGGAUGGAUAUCUUCCAGGAGCCAAUUCAAGCAGCUACAAGUUAGAUUCCAAGUCUUUAGAUGAUGAAGGUUUUACCAGUCAUCAACUAUCAGACUCAUCUCUAGCCAACCCACAUGCUGUUUACUUACUUCGUGUUCUUCCGCGUGCUAGCUAUUGUAGUCGUCGAGAGGCUUCUGCUAUAAUUGCCAGCGGACAGGUUCGGGUUAACAAUGUAGUCGAGCGCAACCCCUUUCGCUUGGUUCGCCCAGAGGAUGACGUGCAUGUAUUGGGGCAUGGAUCCCGUAUUCGCUACUCGCCGUCACGACUUUGGAUGUAUCAUAAGCCUGCGAACGUUUUAGUCUCACGUAGUGACGUUGCUGGGCGAGUCCUCAUUAGCAAACACGCUCGUAUCUUAGGCAUGGACCAUUUGAUUCCUGUGGGCUCUCUACCACUGCGUGCACAUGGCAUUCUUAUGUUGACUAAUGAUGGCGAGCUUUCGCGCUUUUUGGAAAACCCCAAGUCGAACAUUCAGCGGACGUAUUUGCUUCGGGUGCGUCCAGCUAUUGAUCCGAUCUUAGCUCAUAAGCUCAAUACGGAGGGCAUCAAUAUCAAUGGAAAGCAAUACAAAAACGUAGAGUUUUUGGUUAACCCAGCAGCAAAAUCAAGGCACUCCGUGAAGGUCAAGGUUCGAGGUGAAACUAUGCAUGUUUCGCAGCUGAUGCAGCACCUGGGUCGCAAGAUUGAGCGUGGUGGCUGUAUUUCCUUUGGCCCUUUUGCCCUUAGUACCCUUCCGGUCGGCUCUAUACGGGAGGUGACAGUUCCUUUAUUUUACGCACGCCACUUAGGUGCCGUCUGGAAGCCUUUCGUGGAGCGUGACUGGCCUUACUUUCGCCGGCAACGCGUCGCUCGGUUACGCCACCUUGCCCGAUAUCGUGAGCUGACCCCCAAGGAGGCUGAGGAGCUUGAGCAGUAUACCUAUGAAGAGGUGCAUCAUGCGUUGUCUUUUGAGUCUCAGGAGCUUGCCGUUGCUUCGGAGAAACGUAUGGAGGUGAUGCAGCAACGCCCAAAAUUGGAGAGGGAUCAAGCUUUUGCAAGGGACUUUAUUGAAAGCGCGGACUGUGGCGAUUUUCCUUCCGCAGAUCCUGGUUGGGACACAGAGGGUGGUAUACUGCAGGACAUCACUGCAGCGAGGUAG